AUGACUGUCACAGUUCAUCCACGGGAUGCUCCACCUUUAGGUGAGCUGGCAACUAUUAUGAAAAAGGCCCUAGAAUUGAAUUUCGCCGCUGUAACCGUCCACGUCGCACAGUGUCCAGACCUUCGCGACCAUCCAUUCAACCUCGCCGCACCAGGGCUAUCAGGAAACCCCUGCAUCGCCGAUAUAGGCGGACAGCCAAAUCUGUUUCCUAGCCCAAACUUCGAUGCCAAAUACUCCUUAUUAUCCCUUGCUGAGCAGAUGGAAAUGUCGCCCAUCGGGGGAUCUCUUAUCGGGGCGGGGGCGGCUCCAUUUCAAGAUCUCGGCCACAAUGCCGAACUAGCACCGAACGUUUCCUGGCAGUCAGAGAACGAGACCUCGGAUUUCAAAGAUUUGAGUUCGUUAAAAGUUAUUAAUAAUACUCGAUUUAUUGAGGUCGAUCCAAAUGGAUUAUCUUCAUGUCAACAUAUCUCGAGUACGAAUUGUGCGCUGAUGAUGAAUUUGUACGGGUCGGCUGGCGAACCUGGUCCAGUACUUAAAGUCACAGCUAAGGGCCGGAUUGGGGAUCAAAACUUCACAAAUUGCAUUCGCCUUGGUAUACGAGAUGAUUACGGUGACUCGAAUCCUGUCAGUUUGGGUGGGGUGUUUUUGCUUAAGUCUGGCAAGGCUAAAUUUCAUGUCAUGCCUGAUUUUCCAAAGAAGUUGCCCUUUCAAGACAGGGAUGAGCUGGAAAACGAAUGGCUGACGUAUCAUACAUUCAAUGCUCCUGUUGUAUGUCUAACUGUCAUGCAUAGUGCCGAUCCUGAGAAUUUGGGGCUGCGGAUGGAGCAUACGCAUUGCUUUGACCCUGAUGGUUCACGCAAAGGGGGGCAUUAUCAUUAUGAUCUUGACGGCGAAGAAGUAGAAUACGAAGCGUAUCUACACCCCGCUUCCACAGUCUACAGAAUUGACCAACCCAGAAAUUGA